GUGGGGGUGGAGAGUUGUGUGGCUUCCUCUUUGCUGUGGUUCGCCGAGUGCCUGUUGGUGACACAAGCCCCUAGCAACCAUCGCAGGGCAUAAAAAGAAGAGCCGGACACAAGAGGAGGGAAGCCGGUAGGACACCGAGUGCAGUAUGAUCACAACCAUAGUGCAUCCGAGAACUGCCGGGCAACUUUCCCUCCCUGUACCAUGCAUGGCCUAAUCGUGCAGAAUCCUCCAACGCAAUUCAACAUGGCUGGAGAUGAUGGUGGAAGAAACAAGAACUUAGGAAAGAACCUCAUGUGCCGACUAAAGUGCAUGUUCUCCGACUCGUCUGCUCCGGAGAGGCUAAGUUUAGAAGAUACCCAACAAUGGGCCCACUCUCUGGACCGCCUACUCGGGUCAAAAUAUGGCCUGGCCACAUUCCGUACCUUUCUCAAAUUGGAAUACAGCGACGAAAACAUUGAAUUCUGGUUGACGUGCGAAGACUACAAGAAACUAACGUCCUCGCAUAAAAUGACCGCAAGGGCGAAGAAAAUCUUCGAGCAAUUCGUUAAAGCCGAAUCUCCCAAAGAGAUCAACAUCGACUACCACACACGGGAAGAAAUCAAGAGAAGCGUAAGAAAGCCGACGGUGCAAUGUUUCGACGAGGCUCAGAAGAUUGUUUACGGACUGAUGGAACGCGACUCUUACCCCAGAUUUCUACGGUCGGAGAUGUACAAGAGCCUCCUGGAAUCCCUCGCCGAAGACGCUGAACGAGGAUGACUGGAUGGAUAUACUCAAAGCUCAAAUACUCAAAGCUAAAGCUGGAAUGUUUUGGUUUAUUUCGCAAGAGACUAUUUAUGAACAGAAACCCAAAGCAUCCCUACUCAAAUGGAUGAAACCAUCAAAGAACCUCAAAAAAACACUUUACCAUAUUGAUCUACGACAACGUAAUAUGUCUGGGACUAGAAGUCUCACUGCACUAACCCUACAGUUAACCCACAUGAAAAAAAUGUUAUUAAAGAGCUUCUACUGGGGAGGCUUCCUGUGCAGAUAAGCUUCAAUUUUUUCCGGUGGUUUUACGAAGCUACAACAUUGGCACAACACUAUCAAUUCCUGGAACGUCCAGGAGAUCUUUAAGAACUGUUUUGCCAUAAAGACUUUAGUGACAAAACAUUCUACCUCAGCCAGUUGGUUGAGGUGGUUUGGAGAUUCUUGGAAAAGGACUGUAUUUUAAAUAACCUAUUUGCCAAAGAUGUAUCGAUAAGUAAAGAUAACACUUAACAAUUAGGUUGUAUUUGUUAGUUAAUGAAUUAACUAACAUGAACUAACUGAACAAUACUUCUACAACAUUUAUUCAUCUUAGUUCACGUAAUUUCAGCAUUUUCUAAUACAUUUUAAAAUCAAAUGUCUGUUCACAUUAGCUAAUGAGCAAAAAACUAACAUGAACAAUUAAAUUGGCAUUAACUAACAUGAACACAGAUAAAAACUAUAUUAUUAUAUUUGUUAGUUUAUGUUAGCUAACGCAUUAACUAAUAUUAACAAAUACAACCUUAUUGUAAAUUGUAACCGGGGUGAAGUUCGAAUAAAAAUGGAAAACUGUAGCAUGUGUGCCACACACAAAAACUGUAGGCAUUGCAUUUCUUGUAAUGUUAUGAAUUAAUUUAAAAGCAAAUGUACUACUGUACUACGACUGUUAUUUAUUAGCUACAGCCACUGGUUGGAUGUUGUUGUUUGUUCCGUCCACUUUGAUUUUUAAGAAUAAUAAAAUUAACAUUGGAUACUGUCGAACUUCUUUUUACAAAUUAUUAAAUUUUCAUGUAUAAAAAUGUUUACC